AUGAACAACAACGGAAUACGGGGCACAACAACGGAAUACGGGGCACAACAACGGAAUACGGGAUACAACAACGGAAUACGGGAUACAACAACGGAAUACGAUGAACAACAACGGAAUACGGGGCACAACAACGGAAUACGGGGCACAACAACGGAAUACGGGAUACAACAACGGAAUACGGGAUACAACAACGGAAUACGGGGUACAACAACGGAAUACGGGGCACAACAACGGAAUACGGGGCACAACAACGGAAUACGGGAUACAACAACGGAAUACGGGAUACAACAACGGAAUACGAUGAACAACAACGGAAUACGGGGCACAACAACGGAAUACGGGGCACAACAACGGAAUACGGGGCACAACAACGGAAUACGGGGCACAACAACGGAAUACGGGGCACAACAACGGCGGAAUACGGGACACAACAACGGAAUACGGGAUACAACAACGGAAUACGGGGCACAACAACGGAAUACGGGGCACAACAACGGAAUACGGGAUACAACAACGGAAUACGGGGCACAGGAGCGGAAUACGGGGCACAGCAGAGGAAUACGGGGCACAACAACGGAAUACGGGAUACAACAACGGAAUACGGGGCACCACAACGGAAUACGGGGCACAACAACGGAAUGCGGGAUACAACAACGGAAUACGGGGAACAGGAGCGGAAUUCGGGGCAAGGCAGAGGAAUACGGGGCACAAUAA